CCACGUCCACUGCGCCGGCGCGCGCGCGGCCCCCGGCUCCCCGGUCACCCGGUUAGCAUCAUGCUAACUGGCCGCAGGUGGCCAGAAGUUUCCAGACGCGUCCGCAGGAGACGCGUUAAAACGUGGUCGUGCUUCCCUCGUGUUUGUUUGCGACCAUUAUGUCUCAGAAACUGAUCUAAUUCACACUCGUGCAUCAUCACCAUCUUCUUCCUUCCCCACGGACAAUUAAACACUUAUUUCCAGCUGCCUUUUUAAAAUAGUUAAAAAAAAAAAAAGGGCAUCAGCGGGCCCCCCAUCCGUCAGGGGUUCCAGGGGCCACAGGUAAUGAGAUGAGCCGAGGAGGACUGAGCUGAUCAACAAGUGCAGAGCACGACGUAGUUCCCGCCUCACAAGAUCAAGUUUGAGAAUAAAACAUAACAAACCAAUCUGUAGAUUCAUGUACUUUGCAGGCUUUUUAAAAAAAUUUUUUUUGCCUUCACUCACUUCCUCAGUGACUGGAACGUGUCACAAAGGGAUCCAAUCGAAAUCCGUUUUGUUGCCAUGUCAGCGUUUUGCCUUUGGAUCAGUAAAGGAUUUUACAUCCCCGAAAAAGGAUUGAAAUAAAACAUUAGCGAUCACCGCUCCAACCCGGGGAUCGAUCACAAGCGGGCCGAGCCUUGUCUCGCGGGUCACGAGCACCAGGAUGAUAAGUGUGUAUGCCGGCGUAAAGAAGAACCAUGACCACUUCAUGUCACCGCGGGACUUUGUGAGCCGUCUACCUCGUACCCACACAGACAUCCGGCUGUCGGACGACGCCACAAAGCUGCUGGCUGGCGUGGUGGACCAGAAGAAAGAUGGGUUGAUCUCCUUUCAGGAUUUUGUGGCGUUUGAGUCGGUGUUAUGUACCCUGGACUCCCUCUUCAUGGUUGCCUUCCUGCUGUGUGAUAAAGCGGGCAGCGGAAUGAUCACUUUCGAGGAGGUGAAGCAGUUCUUCAGCCGGACCACCAUCCACCAACACGUCUCCUUCACCUGGGACUCCGAGUUCAUCUGACUGCACUAUGACACGCAGAGGGACACGCAGCUCAGCUAAGGAGAGUUCACCCAGUUUCUCCAGGAGAUGCAGCUGGAACAUGCGGGACAGGCUUUGAUCCGGCGGGACCGAGCCCACGGCGGCUCCAUCUCAGCCAUGGACUUCAGGGACAUCCUGGUCACUGUCCGGCCACACAUGCUCAAGCCCUUCGUGGAGGAAUGCCUCGUGGCGGUUGCGGGAGGCAGCACAUCUCAUCAGUUUAGCUUCUCCUACAUUAGCAGCUUCAACUCGCUGCUCAACAACAUGGAGCUGAUCAGAAAGAUCUCCAGCACCUUGGCUGGUGGAAGUCACCAAAGACGUGUUGGUUUAGUGGACAUUGAGGAGAUCACUCCACUGAAGGAAGGUACCCUGCCCUACAACUUUGCAGAAGUCCAGAGACAGGUGAAUGACUCUGUGCGAGGAAAGACCAGACAGAGAAAUGGCACAGUCCCACUGGCUGCCGAGAUCCUGGCCGGUGGAUGUGCCGGUGGCUCCAAGUUGAUCUUCACCAACCCUCUGGAGAUAGUAAAGGUUCGUCUGCAGGUGGCAGGAGAGAUCACUGAAGGGCCAAGGGUCAGCAGCGCACCAUCUGUCAUCAGGGACCUCGGCUUUCUCGGACUUUACGAGGGCUUGUUUUUUACCGAGGGACAUUCCCUUUCCACCUACUUCCCCUGCUACGCUCACACCAAGGCCCUACUGACCGAGGAGGACGGACGGACAGGACCUGCCAAGACGCUGAUUGCUGGAGCUCUGGCAGGCAUGCCAGCCGCCUCCCUGGUGACCCCAAGCAGACGUGAUCAAGACCAGGCUGCAGGUGGCGGCACGUGGCGGUCAGACCACCUACAGCGGCCCUGGUGGACGGCUUCUGGUAGAUCCACCGAGAAGAGUUGGCCCCGCGCUUUCUGCAAAGGAGCCGGAGGAACGGUCACGACGCCCGACGUCUAAUAAUGACAACAAGAGCUCGAGUGUGUCGGUCCUCGCCUCAGUUGGAGAGGGACGCUGGUGGCCCACGAACUCCUGCAGCGCCGGUUCUGUGUGGAUUUUCGGAAGGACAGCGGGUCUCUCCCUGUUUCGCUCACACAGACAAUCUCCAGCAG